AAUUUCCAAAAAAUACAAAAUACUCGUCUUAAUGUAAGUGUGCUUUAUUGUUUUAACGUAUUGCUCAAAGUGAUUCUAUUUUGAGACGCACAGAUCAUGUGACAACUUACCCCGGUGUCCCAUAUAAGGAUUCCUUUUUUAAACUAAACCCAUACCUGCCUUGUUCUUGUUGGAGUGAAACGCCCGAAGGACUGACGCGUGCCAUCGGUCGCGUGCACGUGCGCGCUCCGGGUCUCUGCGUGUCCUGCAGACGCGGCUCGGACCGAGAUCUGUCUCUCUGCGGGGGACCGAGCGAGCCUCGCACCUGCUCACGGAGCUCCUCUCGCAGACUCGUCCUCACCUUCUCAAGAUGGAGCUGCUUCUGCUGCUCGUGUCUCUGUCGGCGCUCUGUGUUUCUGCGGAGCAGGAGGUGGAGAAUCUCUCCGGACUUUCACCGAAUCCCGACCGGGAUAUUUUCGUAGUGAGAGAAAACGGAACGACCUGCUUGAUGGCGGAGUUUGCGGUGAAAUUCCUGAUUCCCUACGACGUUCUGGCACUGAACGGGAUCGAUCUGAUCACGGAGCAGGCGUCCGUGUCUAUCCCGCGUGGAGCUCAGAUCGCUGGGAAAUGCGGGAGCAGUGAGUCGGAGCUGCACAUCUCGUGGCUCAAUCUCGCAUUCACAUUCCGCAUCUUCUUCUCAAAGGAGAAGCGCACCAUGGGCAGUGAUGGAAAAGCUAAAGAAACUGAAGUGUGGAAGAUAAACAAGGUCCAGCUGGUCUACGACACUUCAGAGACGACACACUUCAUUAGCGCUUAUAAUCGUGAGUCAAACAGCUUCAUGUUCACAGGAAAUCAUCAUAAGAUCAGACAAACGUUCGUGAUUGGCUACAGAUUGAGAUGA